ACCCCCGACACCUUCAUAGUAAACCCAGCAUGAAAGCCACUUCUUUUAUUUCUCUCCUCUUUCUUUGUCUCUGCAACCGCCGCCUGCAGCCGCAGCCUCGGCGAAAACGCCGUCGUCUCCACCACUUCCAUUUUGCUCAUCCUUUUGUAAGAAUGUUUGUAAGCAGCAAAUUGUUCGAGAAAAUCGUGAUAAUUAUACCAAAUUUUACAACUAGCAUAUGAAUAUUAUAGUUUGAAGUUGCGAAAUCAAUAUCUUCUUACUACCUUUGCAGACAGCAGAGGUGUUAAGAUCAACAUAAUGGCGACCUCAAAACUGAAACUUUUCAUGAUGAAUUCGUGUUCGUCAAGGUCAAUAACAGGCUUAAAUGCAAUUCAACUUCGUGAUUCUUUAUCCAGUUCAUUUUGUACCUUGAUUGAAUCCCCAAAAACUGAUGAUCCAGUAGAGGUGACUGAAUCUCCUGAACUUCCAAAUUGGGUUCGAAUUUCAGAAAACAAUAAUACCAAGAUCACGAAAACCCCUGAGGACGAUUUUGUCCUCCCUUCAUUAUCUUCAUGGAUGGAAAAUUACAAACGAAGUGAAUCCCAAGAACAGGAUAAAGUCACAGUAAGUAAUGACACCGAGAGUGAUGUAAAAAAGAUAACUAAACUUCUGGUGAAGCCCUUUGAAUCACUUGAUUCUGUCAUACAAGUUUUGAACAACUCUGGUGUUACACCAUCAGAAUAUUUAGUUUCUCAAAUCUUGAAAAGAUUUGAUAAUAACUGGAAAUCAGCUUAUGGUGUCUUCAUUUGGGCUGAAUCCCAAAUGGGUUCCAAGUUUUCAUCCGAUAUGUAUAAUUUAUUGGUACACUCUUUGGGAAAAUCAAGAAAGUUUGAUCUCAUGUGGGAAGUAGUGGAACAAAUGGUUCCUCUUAGUUAUGUUACAGUCAACACCAUGGCAGAAGUCAUAAGAAGACUUGGAAAAGCCGGAUCCCAUGAAGAAUCCAUUAAUACAUUCAGAAGAAUUGAACAAUUCGGGGUUAAAAAAGAUAUUUCAACAUUGAACAUGUUGAUCGAUUCAUUAGCAAAAGAGAAGAAUGUGGAACGUGCAAUUGAUAUAUAUCAAGAAUUCAAGAACGAAAUCCCUCCAAACUCGCAUACUUUUAAUUCAUUAAUACACGGGUGGGCUAAAGCUAGGAACUUUGAAAAAGCUCAAACCACCAUGGAAGAAAUGAAGGAACAUGGGAUUUGUCCCGAUGUUGUGUCCUAUACGUCUUUAAUAGAAGCUUACUCUCGUGAAAAGGAUUUCAAGAAAGUUGAUGAAAUUCUUGAAGAAAUGCAAGAAAAAGGAUGCCCUCCAAAUGUCAUCACAUACACGAUUGUCAUGCAUGCCCUUGGUAAAUCAAAAGAAAUCGACAAAGCGUUGAAUAUUUACGAAAGAAUAAAGUCAAAUUGCAUCCUCGAUACAUCUUUUUACAAUUCGUUAAUCAGCAUUCUAUCAAAAUCUGGGAGAUUAAAGGACGCUCGCCAAGUGUUCGAUGAAAUGCCUAGUCAAGGAGCUACACACGACACUCAAUCCUACAACACCAUGAUCACUAGCUUUUGUAGCAACACACAAGAAGAGGAUGCACUUAAGAUGCUACACGAAAUGGAAAUGAAUAAUGUGAAAAUGGACUUUGACACAUACGCUCCAUUGUUGAAGAUGUGUUGUAAGUUGAAGAGAAUGAAGGUGAUUUCUUUUUUGGUGAAUCAUAUGUUGGAGAACAAUGUGAGUGUGGGAAUUGGGACUUAUAGUCUUUUGGUUCGUGGGUUGUGUAAGAGUGGGAAAGUUAAACAUGCGUGUUUGUUUUUGGAGGAUGCGGUUAUGAAAGGGUUUGAGGUUUAUGAUACGAUGUUUAAGGUUUUGGAGAUGGAGCUUGAGAAACAGGGGAUGAAUGAAGAGAAAAAGAGGAUUCAAGAAUUGAAACAAAUCCGGCUUGGUUAAGAGGCAAUAAUAUAAUGAAAAGAUUGUUCCACUUAGGGACGCAUACUUGUUUUGACUUUUGAAGAGGGUGUUAACCAAUCACCUUUUGAUUUUGGUUAGUUGUGAAAAUUAUGUAUUAUUUUGUGAAGUUGUUAUUAAGUUGUUAACCCUUGAUGAAUAUUGCAAAAUAAUUGUUAUUAUAUAGUUUAAAAUUUAAGUUAGUGUUA